CCGGACGGCACCGGCUCCCGAGCGCGGCGAUGGCUGCGGGCGUCCCCUGUGCACUGGUCACCAGCUGCUCCUCUGCCUUCACGGGCGACCGUCUGGUCCAGCAUAUCCUUGGAACAGAAGAUGUUAUUGUGGAACCAGCUUCCAGUGAUGCUGUGAGAUAUUACCCAUGGACCAUCGAUAAUAAAUACUACUCUGCAGAUAUCAAUCUGUGUGUCGUGCCAAACAAAUUCCUCAUCACUGCAGAGAUUGCAAAAUCUGUCCAGGCCUUUGUGAUUUACUUUGACAGCACGCAAAAAUCGGGUCUUGACAGUGUCUCCUCAUGGCUUCCACUGACGGAAACAUGGUUACCUGAGGUGAUGAUUUUGGUCUGUGACAGAGUGUGUGAAGAUGGAGUAAAUCGACAAAAAGCUCAAGAAUGGUGCAUAAAACAUGGCUUUGAAUUGGUUGAACUUAGUCCUGAGGAAUUGCCUGAAGAAGAUGAUGAUUUUCCUGAGUCUACAGGAGUAAAGCGAAUUGUGCAAGCCUUGAAUGCUAAUGUCUGGUCCAAUGUAGUGAUGAAAAAUGAUAGGAACCAGGGCUUUAGCCUUCUCAACUCAUUGGCUGGAACAAACCAUAGCAUUGGGUCAGUGGAGACCUGUCACUCAGAGCAGCCUCAUUUGCCAGCAUCAGAGAGGACAGACUCUGUCCUGGGGCAGCGGGGUGCAAGUAGCACAGCAGAAGCCCAGGUGGACAGCAUUGUGGAGGAAGAAAUUACUAAUAAAGAGGGGAAGGCUAGAAUGGACCCUUUGAUACUGGAAUCUAUAUAUCCCAUGUUAGAUUUGGAUAUUCAAGAAUUAGCCAGUCUUACCACUGGAGGGGGAGAUUUGGAGAAUUUUGAGAGACUAUUUUCAAAGUUAAAGGAAAUGAAAGACAAAGCUGCGACGCUUCCUCAUGAGCAAAGAAAGUUGCAUGCAGAAAAGGUGGCCAAAGCAUUCUGGAUGGCAAUCGGGGGAGACAGAGAUGAAAUUGAGGGCCUUUCUUCCGAUGAAGAGCACUAAGUUAUCUCUGCUAGGUUUGACUAACAGAUGCUCAGCAUUCUUCACCUGGGACUCAGCCCUGCUCAAGCCAGUCAUAAUUGGCCAAGAUUCUACUCACAUGUUGGCCGCCUGCCUAGUUUUUAGGGGCCCCUUGAUUUUAGCCUUGACUAGGGAAUUAAAAAUCUUUUCUUUUUCCGCGGAAGGGAAUGAGAAGUAUACGCGAUGAGAAUAACUGAGAAUAACGUGAAAGUUUCUCAAAGGCUGUUUUUGUUUUAGGAAUGGGAGUAGAAUGAAUCUCGGAGGUCUGCGAGUUCAUUCCAGUCAUUCCUGCCAGCUUUUUUUUUUAGCAUUCCCACAUUCGCGUUUAAUUGCGAACAACUGUGAGCAGUUUUUCCUUGGUGGGAGAUUUGGUUCCCAUUCACGGAGAUUGCACCUUGAGCUGUGACGCUUUGGGGGGAAUAAAGGAGGUGUGAGGCAGCCACACUCAGUGGCCCACAGAUUUGUCUCCAACCAAAAACAAUGCUUUGGGCAUUUCUUUUGAAGUGUCUGAGCUCAGGCUACAAAGAAUUGAAAAAAAACCACUGCGUAUUUUUAGACUGUAAAGUGAGGCAAAGGUUUCCUGCUGUGGUGGGGCUAAAACAAACCCUCUACUGAAUUGCUGCAAGGGCGGAGGGCUGGGAGUGAGAGAAAGAAGACCCAGGGGUAUCCUUGGGGAAACAGUGAGCACUCAUUACUGAGCUUGUGGUGAAAUUAUGGUGAAGACCUCGCCUGCCUGAGCCUUCUCCUUGACCAUUUGAGAUGUCAGAGCUGUGCUGUCACACUUGAAGUCCUGAGCACUAGGCAAGUGUCCCCUCUUCCUGUCUGAAAGCCAAACAGAGAUGAUUGCCAAAAUAGUAGCACAGAGCGGUGGGAGAGGGCGUGCCACGCUAGGCAGCACAGUCUUGAGCACCUCGUUUUACUCCCAGGGCUGCUGGCUGCUCUCCGCCUUUCAGAGCUGCCCCCGAGGGAGUCCCCUUGGUUCUUUACCCUGUGUCCUGUUUGGGUCAGCCCCAGAGAAACUCAUCUCAAAAAGGAAAAACGUUAAAGACCAGUAGAAAGUGCCACAGAUAAAAUCCUUGUUUCCAUCUCAGGUGACACUUGUAAUGCAAGUCGUUACCUCCUUUGUGGUAGUUACUGCUUUGGCUCUAACCAGGCCCGGCUUCAUAAAUGGAUGGUGCUGGCACCCAGGCUGAGAACUGGUUCUAGCCUUGUGUGGGCUCUGAACCCAUUCUCUUAGCAGGGAGAGAGCCAGGGUAGAUAGACCACGAGCAGAAAUAAGCUCCACACCUGCUCUGGGCACCCCGUGACAAUCACUGUGGCGGCACCUGAGACAGGUGUGUGCGAGUGGGGCUUCCAGACCCAUAUGGAGGUGGCCAUUCAGUGGCUAAGCAUGCCUGGUAGCAAUGGGAUGGCCUUUGCCCCUCCCCACCAAGGUCUGGUCAGGUUCUCCAGUGUUCUGUCAGUUGAUUGAUGUCUCAGAGAUGACUGCGUUUCUCUAAGUUGAUAAAUUUUGGCUCUGGGUUAACCAGAAAGGUGGAACAUGCUUUCCUUAAAACACGGAAGGCUUUAGAGAAUGUAGUAGGUCACAUGGUUGGGAGAAACAGCCUAAAAAAAAAAAAUAGCUGUGAACUUGAUUUGGUAGAUUUGCCAAAUUAAAAUGUGACUUAAUUUGUAAAGCCUG